CUCUCGCGUCGAUCGAUCGAUGGUCAACGUGGACGGUGUGCAGAUCGCGUUUUAUCGUGGACAACGUCGAAGCGACAGCAGGGGUUCUUUGGUGAUGUACGACAGCGCUAGCUGUUCGUACGCAGGUGCGCUCGAAUUAAAGGGAGCCUCCGGGGCAGGAGCCGCGGCCGCGGCCGCAGGUGUAACCGCGGCCGGUGUCAAACAAGAAAAUUGGCCAUAUCGCGGUCUAACCUGUGGUAGCACCUUUCAAAGAUUGAAAGAAAGCGUCGACAAAGCUAAACAAGCCCUCGCAGAUCGCGGUGGAUAUUUGUCCGGUGCUUUCUCACCGCCACCACGUGCCAAUCCAUCCGCCAUUUCGCCCACCGCCUCCAUUACCGAUGCCAGCAGCUCGUACAAAGGAGGCUGGAGCCACGCCACGUCACCGGCCCCUGGACAGGGAUACGGAAGCAGCUUAUCCAAGUCAGCACUGGACACGCACACCCACCUCAGGCAGCCUGAUCCCUAUCAAAUGUUCGGAGCGACGAGCAGUCGUCUGGCGAGCUCCGGUUCCGGUCAGAUCCAACUGUGGCAAUUCUUACUCGAGCUACUGUCAGAUUCGAGUAACGCAGCGUGCAUUACGUGGGAAGGAACCAACGGCGAAUUCAAGUUGACUGACCCCGACGAGGUGGCGAGACGUUGGGGCGAAAGGAAGUCCAAGCCUAAUAUGAAUUACGACAAAUUGUCGAGGGCUUUGAGGUAUUACUACGACAAGAACAUCAUGACAAAGGUGCACGGGAAGAGGUACGCGUACAAAUUCGACUUCCAGGGUCUGGCAGCGGCGACGCAGCCGGCAGCCGCGGACCCAGCCGCGUACAAAUACCAGAGCGAGCUGUUUAUGUCUGGCUACGGUCACGCUAAACUGAACCUGAUGCCACCGCCAGCCGCCUCCGUGUCGGUCUCCGUUCCAGGAGGCCUAUUCCAAUCGGCCUCCAGCUACUGGUCCACGAGUCCAGGUGCCAACCUGUACGCGGGACACCACACGGCCUCCGGUCAUGUGCCGCCUCAUCUGGGCACCUAUCCCCAUUACGCAUGACCCACCGCCGAACACUGGGGCGCUCUGGAUAGAGAAACCGCAUGUCGUCGUUCGUGAAAAUCAUCGCGAGACACGCUGCUCGUAGUUGGCGCACAUUCAACGGACACACCACGUUCGUUCAACAAAUCAAACGCUACGUUUCAUGUUCUCUAUUCCAUGCGCAACAAUUUUACAACGAAGUGCGCGCUAACGUGUUUCAAUGUUACUCAGGACUGUGUGUGUGUGUGUGUGACUUAACACCUUACCAACCUGAACUUUUUAAGGUCAACUAUUGAUCAUAAAGUAAAUUAUCGCUAACUUUUAACCACUCGCUUUAUAUUGAAAUUAUUAUUUAAAUUAUUCUUACUGAUAACUAAAAGACUUUCAUAAUAUAUAAUUAAAUUCUACUGAAUAUUGUUCCAUAGUGAUAUUUUUAUGUUACCAAGCAUUUAUAUUCAAACAUAUUCAAGUGUUUUAUAUUCUCUGUAUUGUUCAAUUUAUCAUUUCAGUAUGCAAUAACUUUAGUGUAUUUUAUUUAAUAGCAUCUUGAAUAAAAUGCAUUGAAGAAGAUGUUUUAAAAAACCAAGAGCUCAUACAUUACCCUACUAAAAAUAUGUUUAUGCAUUUUAUUUGCAAACGGUCGGUAAGGUGUUAACUGCGAGCGACCAACGAAAUUUGUACGUUAUUACGAUUCAGUCACGAAGUUUCAUUCCCCUUCAUCUUCCUCUUCUCGAUUUCAUCGAGUUCGUCUUAGCUGAAGUCCCAGUACCUGGUACGAGAAGAAACAGUCGUGAAACGACACCGUGAAAAUUGAAUAAACAGAAUGCGAACCCGGAGCCAACCUGUCCGUCGGUCCAACCUCGAAUCGCAACGAUCGAGAUUUUGAUAAAGUACAAUGCGUCGAGUCAUAUCAAAAAUCCCGAGCCGCGUUCGCCGUCGUUUCUCACCGACUUCAGAGAGAUGCGGUCGCUCUAUCUAUGUACAAACGUAGGGGUAGGUCACUAGGAAUACCCGGGAACCAUUACGGUGGAUCCAGAGAAACGGUGGUCCACCUGGCACUGAUCCGACGGCGACCUACCCCGUUGCAAAGGUGUACACUCGGAUGCAAGGUAGCCUUCUUAUGGAUAAGGACAACUAAGGGGUACAUCACCACUACAGUUUGAUUUUGGAAAAUCAGGUUUAUGAAUUGAAACAUUUUCUCAAAGACCCAAAUUUCUAAAAAUUAAAUUUUUAAAUUCCUAACUUUCAAAAUUUUCUAUUC